UCUAACGCAGACAACAGCAUCUCAACUAUGUAUGAAACCAUAACAGCCAUCCCCAGGGGUAGUCUACCCACGAUUGAUGCGUCCACUCUCCGUGUGAUUAAUCUGAACAUGUAUGAGCAGACGAACAAGAUGGCUCAUCGCACCAACAUGUAUGACUACAGCAAUCUGAUUGUGCGAAGAGGGCAGGAGUUCACCUUGGGCAUUGUCUUCAAUCGGCUGUUUAAUCCACAGUUUGACAUAGUCAAUAUUGAGUUCCUGAUUGGGAACAACCCCAACAGUACCAAAAGGACCUUAAUUACUAUGGCACUUGGUGAAAACAUGGUCGAGAGCAGCAAAUGGAAGGGCCGUGUGCUGAGGAACCAAGCCGCUGAAACCAAAAUGGGCAUCACUCCUGCCGCAGACUGCAUUGUUGGCCUCUUCAGCACCUACGUGACAGUCAUAACCAGCCUGGGGAAAGUCCGCACCGAAAGAAACCCCAAGACAGACAUCUACAUCCUGUUCAAUGCCUGGAACCCCUCUGAUAUGGUUUUCAUGGCUAAUGAGGACGAUCGUACGGAGUACGUGUUGAACAGUGUGGGAAUCAUCUUCAACGGAACAGUUAGUGACAAGUCUAGCCGACCAUGGAACUUCGGACAGUUUCAGCAGGGAGUUCUGGAUGCUUGCCUCUUCAUCUUGGACUUUGGGAAAAUGCCACUGGAGUAUAGAGGAGAUGUGGUAAAAGUAACUCGGAAAGCCUCAGCUAUGAUCAAUUCACAAGACGACAAUGGGGUCCUGGUGGGCAACUGGAGUAAUGAUUUCAGCCUUGGUACCGCACCCACAGCCUGGACAGGAAGUGCAGAAAUCCUGCUUAGUUACGUCUCAAAAGGGGGUGUGCCGAUCAAGUAUGCCCAGUGCUGGGUGUACGCUGGUGUGUUCAACACCUUCCUUCGCUGUCUGGGGCUGCCAUCACGGUUGAUCACCAACUACUUCUCUGCGCAUGACAGCCUGGGCAGCAUAGAGACCGACAUCGUGCUGGAUGAAGAUGGCCAGAUAGACAUGAACUACACAACAGACUCCAUCUGGAACUACCACUGCUGGAAUGAGGUGUUCACAAAGAGGCCUGACAUACCUCCAGUCUUCUCUGGCUGGCAGGCGGUGGAUGCCACCCCUCAGGAGACCAGUGAAGGUUAUUACCGCUGUGGUCCUGUAUCUGUGGCAGCUGUCAAAGAGGGAGAAUUGCGCUAUGAGUAUGAUGCAAGCUUUGUGUUUGCUGAGGUAAACAGUGAUGUGGUGUUCCACAAAAGGGACAAGUACGGAAACACAGAAGUUGUGAGUGUGAACACCACCUACGUGGGUCAGCUGAUUUUGACUAAAAUGGUCGGUUCCAAUGAGCCAGAGGACAUUACACACACCUACAAAUAUCCUGAGGGCAGUGCUGAGGAUAAACGCUCCAUGCGUCAAGCAGAGCGUCAGGGCAUGCGCAGAUAUCACUCCAAUAGCUCCUCCCUGCUCAAUGUCGACAUGCAAAUGCAGAUGGAGGCCAAACAGAUUAAUACAGCUGGUGACAUAAGCCUGACAAUCAUUGUCAGUAACCUGAGCAACCAGGUGCGGACUGUCAACAUCACCCUCACCUGCAAGACGGACUACUACACUGGAGCAACCAAUCAGCAAUUCAAGUUGAUCACCCAAGACAUGAGUCUGCAGAGUUGGGAAACCAAGCAGCAGGUCUUCACAGUGACUGCUAACGAGUACAUGGAGUUCAUCACUGGCCAGCCAUUCCUCUCCUUUAUUGCGUGCGGCCUCAUCAGUGAGACGGGAAUGUCCCUCACCAGUAUGGCAGUGGUGCACCUCAAUGCCCCUCCACUUUUAAUAGAUUUGAAAGGACCCUCUCAAGUUGGGAUGGACAUGUAUGUGACUGUAAAAUUCACCAACACUGCUGGCUACGAUCUGAGAGAUGUGACCAUACGCUUGGAGGGAUCAGACCUCAUGCUUUUGAAAACAAAACAGUACAGCAAUAUACGUCAAGGGUCUACAGUGAAAUGGACAGAAUCCUUCACCCCUCAGAUGCCUGGGUCAAAGAUGCUGAUGGCCUGUCUAGACUGUGCUGCUCUGAGAAAUGUCUGUGGACAAGUGGACAUUGUCAUACAAUCAAAGGAUUAUGAAGACUAAUAAGCAGUCAGCACAUGAUAGAAAGAAGACAUCCAGAAAUAAGGAGACUGAGAGAGAGAGAGUGAAAGAGGAAUUCUGGGCUUCAAUCAGCUUUCUUUAUAAAAUGUUUCUUCCUUUUUGCCUUGCUAAUGCAUUUUUAAAAAUGAAAAACUAAAACAUUUGAUUUCUGAAUCAAAAUCAACAUUUUCCACAAAGUCACAGUUGCAGAGAACUGCAGUAUUUGGAUGUUGUGGACAAUAACUUUUCAUACAAAAUUACAUUUAGUCAUCUGUUGUAUUAGCAUAUGAGCACACUGUAUUAAUUAAUAUCCUGCAGUCAAUAACUAGUUUUCCAUUCACUACUGUUGUGUUUUAUUCUAAUGCAUACUAACAAUAAAUUUCAUGCUUAAAGCAUUUUUGAGUGCACUUG